AUGCGAUUACUGUACCCCUUUCUGAUCGCUACAACAUUUUUAUUCAACCAAUUGUCAUGUGAGGGAAAUCGACGAGCACAGGCGAGAGUCUGGAAAAGAUCGCAGCCAUAUUUUUAUGAGAAUGGUUUACCGAGGAGUUCAAGACGUCUCUAUCGAUUGCACACACCGUCGAGUCGAAUUCAGGCAUCUCGAACAUUUCAUCGUUUGGAAAGAAACGUUCGCCCACUAUACAAUGCAUUGGAAUCAAAGAAGGGGCCGGUUUUGUCGAAAUCAUCCGGUCGUUUCUAUCGAAAAAUCGCCGGCUCGCCCACGCAUCGGAUAUCGCCACAAGCAACGAGAAAUGAUACAACUCUUUACGGACCUUUCCCGUACUCUGAAGAACAACACCAUGCGAAUAAACUGAAAGAAACGGAGAGAUUGUUCCAAGACUCACGCGACUACGCGCGAACGAUGGGCCGGACGACGAUGCGAACAAAGAUCUAUUCGGAUAUUGAUGCGACGACGCCAAUGCCGAAAAAAAUCGAAGCGAUGAAGGGGACAACAAUUGGGAAAAAAGGGGAUGGAGAGACGACGGCGACGCGCCCUCUCCAGCAACAAGUCGAACCAUCGCAAAUGAAAGGAGAAAAGACGAAAACCGUGCAAACUAACAACAAUAAAGUUGCGGCCGAACCACCGAGAGCUCAACCGACUCAAACAACGCAACAACCUUUCACCAUUCCACCUCCAUUGUCUCCGCAAUUUGCCGCUUUGCCUUUUCAAUCGGCGCAAUCGCCUACACAACCGCAACAACAAAUCCAGCAUCCCGAUUUUGCUCUCUUUCAACAGCAGGGUCAGUUCAAUGUUCCACCACCCCAGCCACAGCCACCACAAGCCCAAUUCCCCGGACCGCUCACCGGAUUUCAGCAAUUCGCCCAACCAAACCCGGCCGCGGUGCCGCCGUUUUUCUCUCCGCAACCACCACAGGCACAGUUUCCCCAGCCUUCGUUGAGCCAAUUCCCGGGCGCUUUCCCUCCACAAAUCCCGCCGAUGCAACAGUUUUCACAGGUUCCACCGGCUCCCAGUCCCGCUCCAGCAUCAAAUCUACAAAAUCAACGCCUUCAGAAUGGACAACAACAACCGGGAAAUCAGCAAUUCCCGAUCACCCAGCUGCCGAACAAUUUGCCAGCUCAAUUGCCCCCAUCGAAUCCAUCUCAGUUCUCCUCGCCAUCACCGAUUAUCCCACAAAGUGUGAACGGGAGUCCAUUCGUUGGACAGCAACAACAGCAGCAAGCACCGCCAUCACCGCAAUCAAAUCAACCACAGAUUCAACAAGUUCUCUCCCCGGCCACAUUCCGAACGAGUUCUCCAUUGCCGGCGAGCUCUUUUGUUCAGGAUAAUGUCAGCGUCAAUGCACAGUCAGCUAACUCUUCAUUGGAGGCACUCGGAUGCGCGUUCGAUUUUGUGAGCAACUCGUGUAAAGAUGUCUUCGGGCUCAGUUGGUGUGGUCAAUGUCAUGAUUUCGGGAAUCUCUUCGUGCACGAUUGCAAAUGCGUGCGACCGAUCUACGAGAAUAUACCUCGUCCACAAGCUCAACGAUCCCAACAAACGGCUUUCGUGCGCACAUUACAAAGGGGGUUGGCU